UUACGUAUUAUCAGCUCGGUAGUCGGUACGGUGCAACUGCGGUAGUUAUUUUGUUAUUUCUGAGGUAUUGUGACACGCGUAAGCUGCUUUUUAUACUAUCAUUGGUGUAGUACAACUUUUACUUUUUACUAUUAAUUACGUUCAGAGUUUGCCGUUUACACUCGGUAACACCUUCUCAAACGUUUUAUUGACUACAGUCAAAUUAUUUUUACUCGUGAGUUUUGUGUAAGAUUCUUGUGUCUUGUCUAUUUGCUAAGAUGUCUCUAGAAGAUGUGGAAAACAUCAAAAAACGCAUCGAAAACUUCAAAAAGACUCUAAUGGAGCUUACUGAAGCGCCGGGCGUGCACGAAGUGGCAGAGCACAAAAUUCGAGAGAUGUCUGCAGAAGUGAUUGACUCAAACCCAUACAGCCGGUUAAUGGCUCUGCAACGAAUGGGCAUUGUGAAGAAUUACGAGGAUAUCAGAAAAUACACUGUGGUGAUCGUUGGUGUUGGUGGAGUUGGUAGUGUAACUGCAGAGAUGCUCACUCGUUGUGGCAUAGGGAAGUUAAUUCUGUUUGACUAUGACAAAGUAGAACUAGCUAAUAUGAACCGUCUCUUCUACCAACCUUCUCAAGCGGGUCUGAGCAAAGUUACAGCAGCAUCAAUGACAUUGACAAAAAUUAAUCCUGAUGUUAAAAUUGAAACAUACAAUACAAACAUCACAUUAACAACCCAAUUUGAAGAGUUCUUGAACGUCUUAAAUACUGGCGGAAUUAAUGGUGAACGAGUCGAUUUGGUAUUGAGCUGUGUAGACAAUUACGAAGCUCGAAUGACAAUUAAUUCAGCAUGCAAUGAAUUAGGAUUAAAAUGGUUUGAAUCAGGUGUUAGUGAAAAUGCUGUGUGUGGACAUAUUCAGUAUAUUGUGCCAGGAGAAUCUGCUUGCUUUGCGUGUGCACCUCCAUUGGUUGUGGCUUCAGAAAUAGAUGAAAAAACAUUAAAAAAGGAUGGAGUUUGUGCAGCGAGUUUACCGACUACAAUGGGUGUAGUUGCAGGAUUGCUUGUUCAAAAUACAUUAAAGAAAUUGUUAGGUUUUGGAACAGUUUCAUGGUAUUUAGGAUAUAAUGCUUUAUCUGAUUUUUUUCCAAGCAUGAUGAUUAAACCAAAUCCUAAUUGUAGUGAUAAUUUCUGUAUAAAGCAACAAUCAGAAUUUAAAAAUAGAGUAAAAGAGGAACCUGAAUGCACAAAUGUAAAUCCGCUCGAAGAUGUAGUUAUUCAUGAAAAUAAUGAAUGGGGAAUAUCAUUAGCAGAAGAUGAAUCAUUAGUAUCAAAUAAUAUAGCAGAACCCGUUGAAACAUCAGAAACUGAAAACGUUAAAAAUAAUAGUAUUAAAAGUGAAGAAGAAUAUGUAUCGCUGAACGAUGGAAUAGAAUUCGCUUACCAAUCUGCUGAUCAAACAGCUCCAAAUGAAGAAUCCUUAGUGAAAGAAACCGAAUUAAGUGUAGAUGAUUUAAGAGAACAAUUAUCGUUGUUAUGAUAACAGUUUACAUUUAAAAAUUUGUUUAAAUUUAUCUUUUAUAAAACCAUUAGUAUUUUAAUUUUUUUCCAAUACAGACCAAUGUUAAAGUAUUUUAUAUUUGUUCAUACAUAAAUUCCAAUUUAAGGUACUUAAUAAUAAUUUAACAAAAUAUGUAUUGUAAGUAUCAUGUUAUA